UCUUCGCGUCGCCGUCGCCACCGCCUCCCUCCGCGUCGCCGUCCCCGCCGCCUCCGUCGGCCUCGCCGUCGCCGCCGCCGCCGUCCGGCUCGCCGUCGCCGCCGCCGCCGUCGGCCUCGCCGUCGCCACCGCCGCCAUCCGCGUCGCCAUCGCCGCCGCCGCCGUCCGCCUCGCCGUCGCCUCCGCCUCCGUCCGCCUCACCGUCGCCGCCGCCUCCCUCCGCCUCGCCGUCGCCGCCGCCGCCGUCUGCCUCGCCGUCGCCGCCGCCGCCAUCCGCGUCGCCAUCGCCGCCGCCUCCGUCCGCGUCGCCGUCGCCGCCGCCGCCGUCCGCGUCGCCGUCGCCGCCGCCUCCGUCCGCGUCGCCGUCGCCGCCGCCUCCGUCCGCGUCGCCGUCGCCGCCGCCGCCGUCCGCCUCGCCGUCGCCGCCGCCGCCUUCCGCGUCGCCGUCACCGCCGCCUCCCUCCGCAUCGCCGUCGCCGCCGCCUCCGUCCGCCUCGCCGUCGCCGCCGCCGCCCUCCGCGUCGCCCUCCCCGCCGCCUCCGUCCGCGUCGCCGUCGCCGCCGCCUCCCACGCCGCCGCCGCCAUCCGGCUCGCCGUCGCCGCCGCCUCCCACGCCGCCGCCGCCAUCCGGCUCGCCGUCGCCGCCGCCGCCCUCGCCGCCGCCACCUGCCCCUCCGCCGGCGGCGCCGCCGCCUCCCUCCGCCUCGCCGUCGCCGCCGUCACCCUCGCCGCCGCCGCCCUCGCGGCCGCCCUUUUCACCCCUCCCCGAGGGCGUUGUCGUGGAGGAAGCACCCUCGGCUUCGACGUCGUCUCCGCCUUCUCGCUGGCCGACCUGUCCGCCAAGGCGGCCUUCAUCUCGCUGACGACCGCAACGGCGACGGUCACGCUCACCCCGACGCACAAGCUGCCCGCCGGCCCGGCAAAGGCGCUCAAGCAGGCGUCCGAGGUUGCCGUCGGAGAGACGGUCUGGAUCGCGUCGCCGGCCGCGGGCACGCUCGGGCCCGUCCUCGGGAUCGCCUCGGUCGAGGCCGAAGGGCUGCACAGCCCGCUCACCAAGCACGGAGGCUGGCCGGUCGUCGACGGCGUCGCGACCUCGUACAACAGCGCGGCCGUCGUCGCGCGCAACAAGUACCUCGUCCCGCUCGUCGAGGCG